AUGUCAGAAGUAAUGGUAUUGGAAGAACAAACUUCUAAUAUUCAAUCAAAUACAGUGGGGUUAAAUGAAAUAACUCCUAAGAUAGUUACUCAAACUAUAGUUAAAGAACAAGUUGAGGCUAAUCUAGAAAAAGGAAUUUCUGAUGCGCUAGAACUAAACAAAACAAGUUCAGAACAAACCAUUCCACAACACCUUAGGAAACUUCGUGGUGGAGGAGAAGAAUUUUGGAUUGAAUGUUGGAUUCUGACUUUUAUUCCACUUAUGUUCUUUAAUCUCGGCUAUUCCAUUUAUACUAUAUAUAUGUUUGUCCAUAGUGGACGUACACCUGGAAGAAUAGCAACAAUAGUCAUGAUAACUGUUUUUAUUCCAUUAUCCUGA